AUGGGAACUACGGAUUCACUGGGUCUGAUCAUCUUCUACGAGGACAGGAACUUCAUGGGUCGCUCCUAUGAGUGCAUGAGCGACUGUGCCAAUAUGAUCUCCUACCUGAACAGGUGUCAUUCCUGCAGGGUGGAGAGCGGCUGCUUCAUGGUCUACGACCAGUCCAACUACAUGGGAAACCAAUAUUUCAUGAGGAGGGGCGAGUAUGCUGACUACAUGAGCAUGUGGGGAUGGAGUGGGUGCAUCAGGUCCUGCCGUAUCAUCCCCAUGCACAGAGGCUCCUACAAGAUGAGGAUCUAUGAGAGGGAGAACUUCGGAGGUCAGAUGUAUGAGCUGAUGGACGACUGCGACAACAUGAUGGACCGCUACCAUAUGUCCGACUGCAUGUCCUGCCAAGUGAUGGACGGCCACUGGCUGAUGUAUGAGCAGCCGCACUACAGAGGCAGGAUGAUGUACCUGAGGCCCGGAGAGUACAGGAACUUCACGAACAUGGGCAUGAGUGGGAUGAGGUGGAUGAGCAUGAGGCGCAUCAUGGACAUGUAA